AUGUUCAUACCUCGAGCGAUCAAGAGAACCUCCACCACUCCCUCGAAACCAAGCAAAAAACCAAAGACAGCAAAAGAAGAGAAUACAGAAAUAACAAAUGCCAUUCUUUCAGAAACAAUCCCAACUGCUUCGCAAGUAAAACCAGAUGCGUCGGGGGAAGAUGUCGCUAUUUUUCAACGUUCGUCAAAGAAUUCCCCUGAACGAGGUUUCCAUUCACUCGAGCUAGCCGUUCUACCGGAGAUCAGAGACUUUUGCGAGCAACCGACUCACCUUCACCACGAACAAACAAGCGGUCCAGAAGCUGAAACCGGGGGUAAGCCGGUCUCACAGAAUGAUCAGGAUGCAGUUAAAGAGUACAGCCAUCAACAGCGCACACCUUUAAACGGAGAACCUGUCUGCGUGGUUUGGUACGACCAAGUCUUUGUUGGACUGUGA